UUGCCUUGAAAACAAUAAAUUUCAAACUCCAAAGCUGGAAUUAAUUUUUUCCCGCGAACCAGGGUGGGCCUCAGCCCACCUGCCCCCAAUCAACCACCUCCAUUUUAGCUCACACUUCGAAAGCCAUAAUCUCCAGAUCUCGCCCUCUCUUUCUCUUCCCUUUCUUCACACAGUUUAGUCGGCGGUAGCCAGUAACAUCCACUCAUGUCCACGGCGGAUCCGUCGGUUUCGACAACCGGCUUCGGUCUCGGUUACGGCAUAGCAAUUGCUGUUAGCAUCCUCGUACUAGUCUCCACUAUCAUGCUCGCUUCCUACGCUUGCGUGAGAGUUAAAGCUAGCGGAAGCAACAACAAUCGAAGUUGCCGACGAAGCAACAGCGAUUGUACGUAUCGUAGCAUUGCCGACGAGGAAUCAGUGGAGAUUGCUACGGUGGUAUUAGGCCUCGACGGUCCGAUCAUCGAGUCGUAUCCGAAGAUCGUAUUAGGCGAGAGCCAGCGGCUGCCGGGGCCGAACGACGGGGCGUGUUGCAUUUGCUUGAUAGAGUAUGGAGCUAAGGAUCAAAUACGGUGCAUACCAGAUUGCAAUCAUUGUUUCCAUGUCGAUUGUAUUGAUGACUGGCUGCGGAUGAAUGCCACGUGUCCUCUUUGUAGGAAUUCGCCGGCUCCUUCUCAGGGUCCUACUCCUUCUGCUACCCCUUUGUCAGCGUUGGUGCCUUUAGCCGUUCAUCAUGGUAGAUGA